GAUUAAGCUUAGUUUAAUUGGAUUUUGGAAUUUGCUUUGUUCGAUCUGGAUCAUUUUUAUGGUUAAAUUUUCUUACCACACCACUUACUUGGUUUUGGACGAUAUGUUGCAUGAACAGAAAACUAAAUGCGAAUGGGAUUUCUGUGCGAAAUUAUCGCAUUCGAUAGUAUCGCUUUAUUUUGAAGAUGAACAACUGGAUGUAGCACUCAAUAUCCACAAUGGACAUAAUCGGGAUGACGGGGAAAGCAGUGAUCGUGUGCUCAACAAUGCCAAAGUCAUUUCGUUUUACGAUGAUAAGGAUGAUAAGAAUGUUGCACACUUUUAUCGCGAGCUGUUUAUUCUGACUAUAUUCAAUGGACACUACAUACCGUGGAUUAGAGAUAGCAAUUAUCAUAAUGAUUACAUUGAACGUGUGGCCAUCAUAUUGAAUCGCUUGCAAGAUGUGUAUCCACUUCAUUUGCAGGAUUCGCAGAUGUUACGGUGGCUGGACGGUUGUGUUGAGAAUCGAAUGAAAUUGUCUCGAUGGCUAUUGUUUAAUUCGAUAAUAAAUUCGUUUCGUUUGGAACGAGAAUUGCAAAUGACCAUCAAUAACAUUGACAUUAAUGUCCCUGAUGCCGAUCAAUUUGCUUGUUCGAAACGUUUUCUCAUCUAUGCCGAUUAUGAUCGCGAGGAUAACAUCCAAGACAAGGAUAAUGAUAAUGAUGAUAGAGCCGCAAGGGACGAACGUCUUGGAUAUUAUCUUGGUUACUUGGAUUUUGUGGAAAAUUCUACCUGUCGAUUACGAAUUCCGGCAAGGGCCAAUCAUUCGAAACGAGAAAUGUUUAUCAAUUUGGCGCUGGUCAAUCGCGAUGCAAACAAUCAACAAUUGUUGACGAUGAAAUUAUCCGAAACACUUGUUUCUGGUUAUAGUGGUUGGUCGCAAAAGUUUCUGUUUGAAGAACAGCAGCAAACUGAGAGCGAAUAUCGAGCAAUCACCGAGUUUACAUUGUCUGCACAAUGGUCACUAUGGCCGCAAUCCAUCGAUGAAAAACUAGUGGAUAAUUCCUUGGCAUUGUCAUUGGCUGAUUUUCUUUCCAGUACCUUUCUACUGCUGAACGGUCAAUAUGUUUGGAAAUUUUUCCGUCCAUUUUUCCUCCAUCGGUUCGCGCGUUCAGUCCAACAAGAGUGUGAUAUGGACGCAGUAAGGCAAACUAUUGCCGCAUUAUUGAUGGUGAUUGAUGAACCAGACGAUCAGGUAUCGUUAUUCAACGUUGUUUAUGGCCAAAUGGGUGGCAAGUUGUCGUUGGACCAAUUGACCACGUUGGAUUGUUUAUCGUUCGUGGCGGUGUUUAGCAGAUUACCACAUCCAGAUAAUCAACUGCAGUAUCUGAAAUUGUUUGAACCCUUCAUUCACAGCAAUGCCAUUCGAAUGAUUGUGGAUGAUGAUUUCCAAAUAUUGUACCGUUUGUUGGCAUUGUUGAGCAAUCAGAGUGGUCAAUAUGAAACUCAACAAUUGCAAGAAAUAGUGGUGCCAUUUCUCAUUGGGUUAUUGAGGUCAUUAACUUCAGCAUCGCUCACGGUGACAAUGAAUGAAGGCAAGACUAGACGUUAUACUCGGAUAUUACAUCGUGUUAUGCAUAAGACUAUAUCGAUGAUCAUACAAUGUAUUGAUUAUAUGAAACCAUAUAACUGGCCUUUGCUUUCCAUUUUCGAUGAACCAAUGUCUCCCAUUCGUAGUGUUAUCGAACAAAUGAUUGAUAACUUUCUUCACAGCCCAUCACCAUCGAUGGACGAUCAUAACAUUUCGCAAACAUUUCGACUGUUGUUUGUCAUCUAUGUUCGUUUGACAAAGAAUAACAUCCUGGAUCGAGAAAAACAUUUACUGCCCUUGUUGACAGCUGAACGAUUGCAUUUGUAUCAUUAUUAUUCAAGUGAAUCGCAAUGAUUGCCUUUAACAAUAUGAA